CACUAGCUAACAGAGGAAGGUCAAAGAAGUAGUGUCGGCUUUCAUUGCGUCAUCUGCCUGCGACAAGUUACUGGCGGAGUCGGUGUUGCUGUACUAACACGUGUGUAGACGGGUUUCUCUGAGAGACAACAUAAAGCUCUAGUUCAUUUUCAAUAAAGUGAAUCACAACUGUCCCAUGAGUUUUGUGGAGUACUCAGAGCUCAUUCAGGAAGGAGAUGUGGUCAUCAUCUUUCUUGGGCAUGAUUCCAUGAUGCCCAUCAAAGUGGAAUCUGGUGCUCAAACACAGACCCGCUAUGGAGCCAUUCGGCACUCCACUGAUUUAAUCGGUCGACGGUUUGGUUCGAAAGUAACAUGCAGUAAGGGUGGAUGGGUGUAUGUUCUGCAUCCCACUCCCGAGCUAUGGACUGUGAAUCUGCCUCACCGAACCCAAAUCCUUUACACAACAGACAUCGCCAACAUCACCUUGAUGCUGGACCUCAAACCAGGCUCUGUUGUGUGUGAAUCAGGCACUGGGAGCGGUUCACUGUCCCACGCCAUUCUUCGCACCAUCGCACCCAAUGGCCACCUGCACACAGUCGAGUUCCAUGCCCAACGGGCAGAAAAGGCAGCACAAGAGUUCAGCGAUCACAAAGUGGGCCAUCUAGUGACUGUCCGUAACCAGGAUGUGUGCAAAGACGGCUUUGGUGUUGUGGGGAUAGCCGAUGCUGUAUUUCUGGACAUCCCAUCACCAUGGGAGGCCAUCAUACAUGCCAAGAAAGCAUUCAAACCCAGGGGGGGUCGUUUGUGCUCGUUCUCUCCAUGUAUCGAGCAGGUCCAGAGGACAUGUGAAAGUCUGCUGGAUCAUGGCUUUAAGGAGAUCUGUACUCUGGAGGUUCUGCAGAGAGUACACGAUGUCCGCUCCGUCACUCUGUCCUUACCGGACUUCGGCCCAGAGGAGGGAGAAACAGAUAGUACCAAGAUAACCUCUGACCCUGCUCCGGAGGAUGUCCCACCUGCAGCAAACCCCAGCUACUCUUCAGUGACCUGCAAGACUGCUACACCACCUAGAGAGAUGGCUGGACACACAGGAUACCUCACUUUUGCUACCAAACCAAGGGACUAGAAUACUACAGGAAUGUCUUGAGAUGUAUAAAGUGACCUCUUGAAACAUGAGGGUAGACAUUAGCUCUCUGCUCAUUUUUUUUAUACAGAGACGGAAAGAUACAGAGAUGGAGUUAAUCAGAAUUUUGGGACAGUCAUAGUGUUUUGUAGAGGCUACAUGGCUUUAAACCAUAUGUUUAUUACUCUUCUUUGUGUAUGAGCAUUUUUACAUCUUUAAUUUGUUUCAGAGUAUGGCAAUACAUUUUAUUAUGUUAAGUAUGGUUUUUUUUGUUACAAUAAAUUUAA